AAGGAAACUUUGUGAAAAUACGGAAUGUUUAUAACAUCGGUAAAAAUAAAAUAAAAAGAAUGUAUAUUUUACUUAUACUUUUUGGAGCAAUUGUUUCCUACUUCUUUUGGAUACAAUACAUUUACUAUCGGCAGAAUUCAGCAAAGUCACGUAAACAUUGGUUGCGAUUUAUGUUAUGUAGAGACAAACAAAUCAAAUCGUCUCAAACAAGCGAUUUAACUGGCGAUGUUCGAGCACUCUUUUUAACUGCUCAUCCGGAUGACGAAUGCAUGUUCUUUGCACCAGCAAUUUUGAGACUCGUGGAACUAAAUGCAUCUGUUCAUUUAUUGUGUUUAUCUCAAGGCAAUUACUACAAUCAAGGGUUCCAGCGUCGAGAAGAGCUUCUAGACAGCUGUGCCGUUUUGGGAAUACCAGCCUCCCAAGUCACUAUACACGACUGCAAAGAACUGCCAGACGAUCCCAACGUAGAAUGGAGCAUCUCAAUGGCCUCCUCUCUAAUCCUGAAGCACAUCAGAGCCCACUCCAUCAACCUGGUGCUGACCUUCGAUGGAAGGGGAGUGAGUGGCCAUAGCAAUCACACUGCCAUCUACAAGGCUGUCAGCUACCUGGCUUCCAUUGGCAACAUACCAGAUGACUGCAGUCUCGUCUCUCUGUUGACCAUUGGUGUUCUCAGAAAGUACCUCUCCUUCCUGGAGCUGCCUAUCAGCUGGCUCCUCCCAUCAGAUCUCUGCUGCGUCAUAGGCUCAAAGGGCUACAUUCAAGCUAAGAGGGCCAUGCUCUGUCACCGUACCCAGCUCCUGUGGUUUCGUUACCUCUACAUUUGGUUUUCACGCUACAUGAUUAUCAACACAUUCCAAGUUAUUGAUCAAGGACCAAAGAAUCUGAAGAUCUAUUAGUGAAAAAUUAGGUUCCUGAUUAAUCUUCUGAGAAUACUGUUACUUGGGUUUGUUAAUCUUACUGUAAUCAGUUUGUGCAUAUUUUUAUAUGUUUUGCCUCAUCUGACAUAUUGAUCUCAUAGCACUGAUAUAUUCAGACAUACCUAUUGCUACCUAUUGAUUGAAUGUAGAUAUUAUAUUUUUCUAACUUUUUGUUGUUGAAGGAAAUACACUAUUAAAGUUUCUCUUCCACUCAUUGCCAACAUUGUUAGUUGGGAACAGAUGACUUAUCGUUAAUACACUAUUUUCAGUUUACUGUAAAAAUGUUGACAUAUACUGACACUGUAAAUGAAUAGUGAAUUUGUCAAAUUUAAGUAAAAUGUGAAUACAUAGACAUUGAUUGUAACCAAACAGGGUAGGUUUGGUCCUUUUUAUUUUUGUAAAUUAUGUACAAAAGUUAGAACAAAUGUUCAAAUUGUUAAUGAACCAAUAAAGUUAAUUUCAUUUAGAAGAAAAAUGUGUCUCAGUUAUAAUUCAAUAAUGGACUGUGUUUGAGCUCAGCUACAGUUGAAGUCGGAAGUUUACAUGCACUUAGGUUGGAGUCAAUCAAACUCGUUUUUCAACCACU